GAUGGUGACUGCCAAGGUGUGGGUUCUGAAGAAGCAUUUUGAGGGUUUUCCCAAAACCAGCGACUUCGAACUGAAAAAGAUAGACUUGCCAAACCUAAAGGAUAGAGAGUUGCUGCUCGAAUCAGUGUUUCUCAGUGUUGAUCCUUACAUGAGACCUUACAGUCAAAGGGACAUGAAGGAAGGGGACAUAAUGAUAGGCACACAGGUUGCCAGGGUUGUAGAAAGCAAAAAUCCUGCUUUCACAGUGGGGGCCUUUGUCGUGGCUAGAAGUGGCUGGAGAACUCAUUUCAUCUCUGAUGGGAAAAACCUACAGCUCCUUUCUUCAAGCUGGCCAGAAUCACUCCCCAAAUCUCUGGCUCUUGGGACAGUUGGCAUGCCAGGCCUCACUGCGUAUUUUGGUCUGCUGGAGGUCUGCAAGAUGAAGCCAGGAGAGACGGUGCUGGUUAAUGCCGCAGCUGGCGCUGUGGGCUCUGUGGUGGGGCAGCUCGCUAAAAUUGGGGGUUGCAAAGUGGUUGGCUGUGCUGGCUCAGAUGACAAGGUUGCCUAUCUGAAGAAAAUAGGCUUUGAUGAAGCCUUUAAUUACAAGACCGUUACAUCUUUGGAUGAAGCACUGCAUAAAGCCUCUCCUGAUGGCUACGACUGUUUCUUUGACAAUGUGGGUGGAGAAUUUGCCAGUAUUGCUAUCAACCACAUGAAAAAAUAUGGAAGGAUUGCAGUCUGUGGAGCCAUCUCUCAGUACAAUGACUCCGUGCCUCAGAAAGGAUCUUACGUUCAAGUUCCAAUGAUCUUCAAAGAGCUUCGAAUGGAAGGGUUUAUUGUGACCCGCUGGAAUAACCGCUGGGACGAAGGUCUGAAGGCACUGCUAAAAUGGGUCGUGGAGGGAAAAGUGAAGUGCCAUGAACACGUCACUGAAGGAUUUGAGAACAUGCCAAUGGCUUUCAUUGGAAUGCUAAAGGGAGAAAAUCUUGGAAAAGCCAUUGUAAAAGUCUGAAGGUCACAUAUUCCUGGGAGACUGAUGCAGUACAAUGUGAUUCUGUUAAGUACUUUUAACUUGCUAAUCCAAAGGCAUGUGUCAGUC